CCGCCCUCCAUGCUAACCCUUCACCCACCAAGCCUGCAAUGCCAAAAUUACAAGCUGCGACAGUAUCCAACCAGAUAGUUCGAAAACGCAAGCGAAAAGAUGUUGCAGAUACAGAUUGCCCCUCCCCGGCAACGACCUCUGACGCUGGAUCUGAGGCCUCAUCUAGCAUCUCCACAAUCCCCACGAAAACGCAAGAUGGCGGGGCAAAACCACGACGCACACCUAAACCCAAACCCAAAGCAAAGCAACCCCCUACACUCUCUCGCAAUGCCUCCUCCUUCUCAACUCCCAUCACAAGCGCGAUCCCCUGGCCGGCAUCCUUCCAAGCUCUCGAGAAGACACACCGAGCGCUCAAUCUUGUCUUCACAUUCUGCUCCACGCGGAAGCACUUGGCUACCACAUUCAAUACCAUAAAGUCAUCGGUGGAAGGACAUAUCAAGCGUGAUUUGACAAUUGAGGAGGUGGCUCAGAUUGUAGCUCUGCGACCCGGUGGGAUGAACCUUGCUUAUGUAGAUGAAGCCAUGCUGCAAGUUGAUGUCAGGGGGGCAGAAAGAGAUGAGACAUUUAAAGGCGGAAGAGCCAAGGAUUGGCAUGCUGCAGGCCCUCCUCCGGAUGCCUCAGUUGGAGGCAUCACGGGUGUAGAAGGACUUGGUUUCGGUGAAGGUGCAAUCGAAGAUGGAAAAGAGGUUCUCUUCUUCGAGUUCGUUGAUGGAGACUUGAAGAGACAGGUACAGUCUAAGGCCACAGGCGAGGCAGUGAAAGCCACGAAAAAACUGAGGAAUGAAGACUUGAAAAUGCCGGUAUUCAGUCAGAAGCAAAUGAUGCGUCUGAUCGAGAAGCGGAAUAGCAAGUUUACAAGUGCAAUCAACGCUUUCUUGAAUCGAUGUCAGGCUGAGUACUUGGAUCCGGAAGAGACGUUGAAGAAAGAGGCGGAAGCGUAUAUCCCGGAGCCGAGCUUCUCUCGAAGCACUACGCCCAGGCCAGAUUUUAGUGUAUUGCCGAAGACGAUCCCAACGGAAAGAAAAGCUAUUUCCGAGAUUAUCAAGGAGCUUAAGGAUAGUGAGUGGUAUACUGGGCAGAUUGUUCCUGAUGGUCAUCGAGUAUUCGAUCCACAAGAAGCAAUCUAUGGCGACUUGAACUUCCAGCUCAGCCAAGAUCUGGUCAAUGCUUUGUAUAACACCAAGAAUAUCACGCAACUGUACGCUCACCAGGCUGAAGCUAUCAACAAUUUGUAUGAUGGCCAUCACGUUGUUGUAGCUACCUCGACAAGCUCGGGGAAGUCUCUCAUUUACCAGAUUCCUGUUCUCCAUGAACUCGAAAGAGAUCACAACACGAGAGCGAUGUAUAUAUUUCCCACCAAAGCUCUUGCGCAAGAUCAGAGACGGAGUCUGAAGGAGAUGAUGAGAUUCAUGACCGGUCUCGAAGAAACCAUUGUCGAGACUUUUGAUGGAGAUACUGACAUGGCUGAUCGGAAUUUGAUUCGUGAGGAAGGUCGAAUCAUCUUCACAAAUCCAGAUAUGCUACACAUCACAAUUCUGCCACAAGAGGAGAGGUGGCGGACGUUUUUAAAGAAUCUCAAAUACGUGGUAGUUGAUGAGAUACACGUCUACAAUGGGCUAUUUGGUUCUCAUGUAGCCCUGAUCAUGAGACGUCUAAGAAGGAUAUGUGCGGCCGUGGGAAACCGUCACAUCAAAUUCAUCUCUUGUUCGGCGACAGUGGCGAAUCCUGAGGAGCAUUUCAAGACCAUCUUCGGGAUUGAUAAAGUUCGUAUGACGGACUUUGACGGCUCGCCAUCUGGGAGAAAGGAGUUUCUGUGCUGGAAUACACCUUUCAAAGAUCCUGGAGACUCUGCUAGUGGUCGAGGAGAUACAAUGGCUGAGGCAGCGAGGCUGUUCUGCCAGCUGAUUCUUAGAGGUGUCCGAGUUAUUGCAUUUUGUAGGAUAAGGAAAGGCUGCGAAGCUCUCGUUGGAGCUGUGAAGUCAGAAUUGACUACCUUGGAACGUCCAGAAUGCAUGGCUCGAGUUAUGGGGUAUCGAGGAGGGUACACACCUCAAGACAGACGACGUAUUGAGAGCGAGAUGUUCGAGGGGAAGCUCAUGGGUAUCAUUGCCACCACUGCUCUUGAACUUGGUGUUGAUAUUGGCUCGUUGGAUGCUGUGAUCACAGUUGGCUUCCCAUAUUCAAUCGCAAAUCUGCGACAACAAAGCGGUCGAGCUGGUCGAAGAAACAAGGAUUCGUUGUCUGUUCUUGUUGGGGAUUGUUUCCCAACUGAUCAGUUCUACAUGCAGAAUCCCGAUGAGAUCUUCACCAAGCCAAAUUGCGAGCUGCAGGUCGACUUGCAGAACUUGCUCGUGCUGGAAGGCCACAUCCAGUGUGCUGCGUACGAGAUGCCGAUCCGAGCAGACGAAGAUGCUAUUUAUUUCGGCAAGAACCUUCGAGAAAUAGCAGAAGAGAGGAUGAUCAAGGACGAACUUGGAUUUUUUCAUUGCCAUGACCGCUUCCGCCCCGUUCCUUCCAAAUAUGUGGCGAUCCGAGACACCGAGGAGGAACACUUCGCAAUUGUUGAUAUCAGUCAUGGCAAGAACAUUGUCUUGGAAGAAUUGGAAGCAUCUCGAGCGUUCUUUACGCUGUAUGAUGGGGGUAUUUUCCUCCACCAAGGCAAUACAUACUUGGUUAAAGAGUUCAACCCAGAGCGCAAGAUCGCCAAGGUUGAGCUGGUCCGAGUAGAUUGGACGACUUCACAGCGCGAUUUCACCGAUAUCGAUCCUAUCGAGACGGAAGCCAUUCGACGCAUCCCCAAAUCUCUCUCACGAGCUUUCUAUGGAGCAAUCAAGAUUCAGCAAACAGUAUUCGGUUUCUUCAAGGUCGACAAGAAGCGACGCAUUCUAGAUGCUGUACAAGUUGAUAAUCCUCCAAUCGUCAUUUUCAGCAAAGGCAUGUGGCUCGAUGUCCCCAAGCAAGCCCUCGAUAUCCUGGUUGAAAGGCGUCUUAGUGUAGCAGGUGCAAUCCACGCCGCCGAACACGCGGUCCUAAGUCUCAUGCCCAACUUCGUAGUCAGCAUGCCAGGUGACGUCCGUACCGAAUGCAAAGUCGGCCUGAAAGAAUUCGCGCAGAAAGAAUCUACCCGCAAACGGCCAGCUCGGCUGACAUUCUACGAUGCCAAAGGUGGCGCGGGAGGCUCUGGCAUCAGCACCAAAGCUUUCGAGUUCAUCGAUUUGCUACUCAAGCAAGCAGUGCGGAGAGUGGAAGCUUGCCAUUGUCAUGAGGGCUGUCUGGAGUGCGUUACGAGUGAGCAGUGCAAGCAUGCCAAUGAGGUCAUGAGUAAAGCGGGUAGCGAGGUAAUUUUGAAGAGCUUGCUUAAUAUGGAGAUUGACAUCGAUGCUUUGCCUAUGGGGCCCGAAGAGCUGAGCCCUGCAGGAAUUGAAACAGUCGUCUUGGCGCAACCGGUGUUGCCCAGGGGAAGAAUGGUCGAUGUCGUAGACGUCGAUAGGAGCCUUGGCGGAAGGGAAGAGAGGAUCGUGGGGAGGUUGGAUGAAGAUGGAGUUGAAACAGAGGUGGCGAUUAAGCAAGAGCCAGAGGAUUGAGAGCUUUGAUAUGAUUGAUGAUUGAUGGUAAUGUUUACAUAUGGCGCAGCCUCGGUGUAUAAGCAAGGUAGAUGAGGUAUAGGUCUCCUCAUCGCAAUCCAUGGACUCUUCUCGAGGGUUGUAGGGACAGCUUUGGGCCUCGCUCGUACUAUAUGCAACUAUUAUGGAUAAGACAGCAGCCAACUUCCUUCUGUAGCUCAGAGGGGUUGAAGCCACCUGACUGCGGUCCAACACCUUACUUCACAAUGCC